GUUGUGCUGCUUGUGAGAGCGAGCGUCACGCCGAGCGUUUUGUGUCUGCCCAAGGAAAUAAAAGCCCGAAGUCCAGAGCAGAGCUGAAGUCUGAAGGGGAUUGGGAGGUCCUCCGCCUCCCGUAUCUCUAUCGCACCCCCCCCCCCGCCCCCUCUGCAAGCUGGGCUGGAGCUGGAAGCUAGAGCGGCGGUGGCCGAUGCUUUACUGAGAGACAGCGCCUGACAUGCUUUUGAGCAGCAGCCUUCCUCCUCCUCCUUCUGUUGCUGUGCUGCAGUGGGAAUAAUCGCCCUGCCAUUGAUUGCAUGGAGAAAUAGACGCCUUUGCUAAGGAGCUACCUGCUCAAGCUCUGAGAAAAGCCUUUCCUGCUACCGUGGCUGCCGCCCGAGCUCUGCUAAGGAGGAAGAACAAGGCAGAGCGCCGGCUUUGCUCUCGUGGAUUUCAGGCUGCCAGAAUGAGCUGAGCUCACUUGUCUCUUUGCCCAAGUGGCUGGAUGGCUCAAGAGGCGGCGGGCAAACUUGGAAAGGACGAAUGCCUUUGGGAAUCGGGGCUGUUCUUGCUGGCUUCCGGGACACCAUUCACGCCCGCGCUUCUGCUGCUCUUGGCGGAGGCAUCUUUGCACAAGGGGACUGAAGGCUGCAAAGACGGCUGCUUGUGGUGGGGCUUCUAACGUGGUCCUAAUGCCGGUCUCUUCCCGGGACGAGCUGGUGGCAGCAAGCGGGAACCUCCCGAGUCCUGCUAAGGCUUACUUACCUUCUCCCGGCAUCUGAUUGGAUACGGCCGGGCUCUGCGUGGGACAGCGGGGCUGUGUGGAGGGGGUCUCGGAAACCAUGGGUUAUUGCAGCGGCAGGUGCACGCUGAUCUUUAUUUGUGGCAUGCAACUGGUGUGUGUGCUGGAGAGACAGAUAUUUGAUUUCCUUGGUUAUCAGUGGGCACCAAUCCUGGCAAAUUUUGUACACAUAAUUAUAGUCAUACUUGGCUUAUUUGGAACCAUCCAGUAUAGACCUCGCUACAUAACAGGAUAUGCUGCCUGGCUAGUCCUGUGGGUUACAUGGAACGUAUUUGUUAUAUGUUUCUACUUGGAGGUUGGGGACCUAUCAAAGGAAUCAGACCUUAUUCUGACUUUCAAUAUUUCAAUGCACCGUUCUUGGUGGAUGGAGAAUGGGCCUGGCUGCACAGUGACAUCUGUAACCCCAGCCCCAGACUGGGCCCCAGAGGACCAUCGCUACAUUACUGUCUCAGGGUGUGUUCUUGAAUACCAAUAUAUAGAAGUUGCUCAUAGUUCUCUACAUAUCUUUCUUGCACUGGCAGGAUUCAUCUACGCCUGUUACGUUGUGAAAUGUAUCUCCGAAGAAGAGGACAGCUCUGAAUACCCGAUGAUGGGAGGAAGAUUGGUCUACUGGCUCCCUGGAGCAAACCAAAUUGAUUUCAUAGGUGGAUUUGAUUCUUACGGCUAUCAAGGCCCUCAGAAGACAUCUCAUUUACAGCUACAGCCCAUGUACAUGUCAAAGUGACACGAGUAAAGGGUAUGGCUGAGCUGACGGACCUGUCCAAGGACUUAUUCCAGCAUGGUCUCUAUGGAUUGCAAAGGAU